ACACUAUAUGUCGAAUAGAGUGCUAUUUGGGAUCGAGCCUGGGGAACGGCUUAAAACAACCGGGCGCUCAAAAACUUCGAGAUGUCUUAAGGAUAUGUAUAAUGGGUAGACAAGAAUGGGUUAAUAAUAUGAUAUACUUUCAGGCCCGGUGUCGCGGAUAUUUAAUAAGGAAAGAACUGAAGUGUGUUCGGGCUGAAUAUGAGGAGAUAGUGAGGGAACUGGAGGGAGGUGUGGAGCACCUGAGGUGGAUAGGAGAGCUCAUACCUAAACCUCACUUCACUGAUGCUGUAAAGGACACGGACUGCAACUUUUUCAAAUAUCCUCAGCCGAAGAUCCAGACCCAGGAAUGUCCUGAGCACGUGCAGGAAGUGAAAGAGCAGGAUGAAACACCUUGCCUUCACUCAAAGGUUCCUGAGAAAGAUGAUGAAGAACCGAGUUGUGAUCCAGAGAGAGACUGCAGGAACACCAACACACCACCAGGGGGCGAUACAGAACUAGACGGAGUGCAGAGGGGAAAUGUGACCGAAACUGCUGCUCGGGCUCUGCACAUGAGCAUCCUGCAGCAUGUUCCUCCGAUGCACACUCUGCUGAAAGAUGUACCACACACUCCUGAAGCUCUGAAGCAGCACAGGAACACUCUGGCCAUGGAGCUGCUGUGGAUCCAACAGGCCAUCACCAGCAGGAAGAAAUACCUGACCCUGAAACAGAAGAUGACCUAAGGCAGCGUCAUAGUGACUAAGGAGCUGGACAAGCUGAAAAAAGUGGACACUUGAGUGUGUAGUGGCUUCACAAGUGAAGGUUUAAUUGGACAUGGAUGUGACCUUCUUAUUGACCUUUUUCUCCGGUCAGCCUUUUCUUCUUGCUGGAAAUGAGAAAAGCAGGAUAUAAAGAACCGAAGAGCGGGUCUGCAUCGAUCCAUGUCAUUGAUGUUAUUGUUAUUUUUUUAAUUCUCUGAAGAUCAUCUCUAAUAAAUGCUGUUUAUCUUGACCACACCGAUUGUCUU